AGAAGAGGAAUGACCCACCAAUUAAAGCCCCCCCCCCCCCCCACCUCCGUACCUUAUCGAUCUCUUCUUCCCUUAUAAAUUCUCUUGGAAAGAGGCAAUUAAACUGGAGGAGAAAUUAGAAGUAUAACACUUUAUUGGAAAAAUACUUCGUAGAGAAAGAUGAGUACAAAGGGAAGAACAACCAUAGAGGUUGGAAGUGAUGGAGUGGCAAUCAUCACCAUCAUCAACCCUCCUGUCAAUUCACUUUCGCUCGAUGUACUUAAUAGCUUAAAGGAGAGUUAUGAACAUGCCUGGAGUAAGGAUGAUGUGAAAGCAAUUGUUGUUACAGGCGCAAAUGGAAAGUUUUCUGGCGGUUUUGAUAUCAGUGCACUUGGUGGAUUACAAAGAGGAAUGGUUGCAACACCAAAGCAUGGUUUUGCGUCGGUAGAGAUUCUUAGUGACACAGUAGAAGAUGCAUGCGCAUACUUGCUCAUGUGCAAUGCUCUUAAUGGGCAGUAGAGGCAAACCUCGUGAACCUCAACUUUUUUUAUUUGACUUUCAUAUGUUAGGGUUAAAGAAUUUAAAGGCCAUACCAUACACUACUCCUAGACACUAUUGAUGCACCAUCACAAUACUCCUAGAGAUUCACAACAAUAGUCGAGUUGCAGGCUUCCUCUUGGAGUAAUAGGUAAUGAAGAAUUAAAGAUGAAGAAGAGUUGGUGUUUGAUGAGUUUGAAUAUGCUCUUGAAGAAGAUUGUAAUGAAGAUGAAGUGUUUGA